AUGGAGGAAGCUUCACUUCAAUUUAUUGAACUUUUAACAAAGUGUAAGGCAGCUAAAAUAAAUCCCCUAGACCUAAAGUCCUUGAAGGCUUUGGUGAGGGAACAAAAAUUUCGUUUGAACAAAAUAGAAUUGUUUGUUGCACUAACUUUUAUCCUUUCAUCGGUUACAUGGUUUCUAUUUUUGUUUUACUCAAAUAAUAGUCAGUGUUUAAUUGGUCUUCCUGAUAAUCUUCGGAAGGGAUUUCGACCACCAGUUCAAUGUAAAUUUUGUCAAGGUGUUUCGAACAUUCAAAAAGUUAAAAGAAUAUCCAGUGACGAAUUUGAGCAGAGAUUUGCUUACUCUGGGAUUCCCGUGGUUGUAACAGAUGCAACAGCUAAUUGGACAGCAUUAACAACUUUUGAUUUUUGGUAUUUCAAAGACACCUACAAUCUUGGAAAACGAAAACACAAAAUUUUGAACUGUCAAUUCUUCCCGUAUAAAUCUGGAUUUAGAAAUUUAUUCGAAGCAUUAGAAAAUCCACCAGAAUACUUUGACUCAGGUGAAAAAGCAUGGUAUUUCGGUUGGAGUAAUUGUAAUCCAGAAACAGCUGAACAAUUACGGCAACACUAUGGACGGCCGUAUUUUCUUCCUGAAACAUCAGAAAACAAUGCCGUCGAUUGGAUUUUUAUGGGAAGGUCUGGAUUGGGAGCACAUAUGCACGUAGAUAAUGUUCGAUUGCCAUCAUGGCAGGCUCAAUUGUCAGGAAGUAAAAAAUGGAUUUUAAUGCCUCCACCUGAAUGUUACUUCUGGUGUAAUCGUUUGGAAAUAGUAAUGGACGAAGGAGAUAUAAUUAUUUUAGAUACAAACAAAUGGUACCAUCAGACUGUUGUUCUUUCUGGAAAAAUAAGCAUAACUAUAGGAGCUGAAUAUGAUUGAAGUAAUAAUUAAAUACAUUUUUAAUAAUAAUUAAACAUUUAAAUAAAAUAUCUGGGAUAAUUGUAUUAGAAAUCUCUUUUAGAUUAGUUUCGUUUGAUGAUGUUUUUAAGUGAGUUCUAUCUUAAGAACUCAUAAGAAAAACUAGAAAAUAUCGUAAAACUGGUGACCUUACACAGAAACCUAAACAUGUUUUUAGUCUAGAAAAAGUAUUGCAAAAGAAUGAUUAAAAAAAGUAUUGCAUUAAUUUUUCUUCUAAUCAAAAAAUUGUCUAAAUACGA